AUGUUCAGGUGGACAGUGCUGUUGUCUUUGGGUCUGACUGUCAUCUCAGCAACAUUUGAUUAUCUUUUUGAGGAGCAGUCAUUUAUGGACCCAGACGAUGUACUGAGUGUGGUCGUUCCUCUGGAAGAGCCACAGCAUCCUCUGCUGGGGGGAACGCUUCUUUUACCGUGUUACUUCGAGGAUCACACUGUUGAAGACCCUGGAGCUCCCACCAUUGCCCCCCUGUCUCACCGCAUCAAAUGGAGCUUUGUCACCAAAGAAAACGUCACAACCAUCCUUGUUGCCUUGGAGGGAAGGGUGCGUAUCACUGAGAACUACAAGGACAGAGUUCAGCUGCUGGCUUAUCCUGGGAGCCCAACAGAUGCCAGCAUCAGGAUAUCUGAGCUGCGUUCCAGUGACACAGGAGUGUAUCGCUGUGAGGUUCAGCGUGAUAUCGAGGACAGUUACGACAUCGUCCAUGUCCAGGUUCAAGGCAUUGUGUUCCACUACAGGGCAAUUAUGGGACGCUACAGUUUGACUUUUGAAAAAGCAAAUGCAGCGUGCACCCAGAAUAGUGCAGUAAUGGCUUCACCUGAGCAGCUCCAAGCAGCGUAUGAUGACGGUUUCCACCAGUGUGACGCUGGCUGGCUCGCCGAUCGCACAGUCAGGUACCCAAUCCAUAGUCCUCGUUUGAACUGCUAUGGUGACAAAGAAGAACUCCCCGGGGUCAGGACUUAUGGAGUGAGGGAUCUCAAUGAGACUUAUGAUGUUUACUGCUUUGCUGAGAAGAUGACAGGCAGAGUUUUCUACACUGCUACUGCAGAAAAGUUCACCUUCUCUGAGGCCGUGGUGGCAUGCUCUAAUAAGGGUGCUCAGUUGGCCACUACAGGUCAGCUGUACCUGGCCUGGCAGGGAGGGAUGGAUGUCUGCAACGCUGGCUGGCUUGGAGACAGGAGCGUCCGCUAUCCCAUUAACAUUCGUCGGCCACAGUGUGGAGGGGGGCUGCUGGGGGUGCGAACUGUUUAUCUUCACACAAAUCAGACAGGAUACCCUUUUCCUGAGUCUCGCUAUGAUGCCUUCUGUUAUACGGAGUCUCCUGAUGAAGAAGGUUCAGGGAUCACAGAGGAAGGAAGUGGUGUGCUGAGUGUUUCCACAGUGACGCAGAACCCAGAGGUGUUCUUCAAGAGGACGACCACAGAGAGUGAGGCCGGUGGACAGGUGGAGACUAUGCAGCCUACUAAUGUAGACUUCACCUACACAAAAAGCCCCACAGAGCUGCCUGAGCCACCAAACGUCACUGAGCUCAUCACUGACCUGAUAGAGCUGGCCACAGCACAGCCGGAUGUAAACAGGGAACCAAGCAAAGGCUUUGUGAUACCUCCAACUGGUGUGGUUUUCCAUUACCGCUCAGCUGCUGGCCGCUAUGCUUUCACUUUUGUUGAGGCCCAGUUAGCCUGCCAGAGUGCCGGAGGCUCCAUCGCCGCUCCACAGCAGCUGCAGGCAGCGUAUGAAGCUGGAUACCAGCAGUGUGAUGCAGGUUGGCUUCUGGAUCAGACCGUAAGGUAUCCAGUUAUUUUCCCUCGAGAAAGGUGUGCUGGAGAUCUGGGAGAUCAGCCCGGGGUUCGAUCCUAUGGUCUGAGGCCAUCAGAUGAGCGAUAUGAUGUGUACUGCUACACUGAAGGGCUCAAAGGAGAAGUUUUUCAUGUUGGAUCUGCUGAAGGUUUCAAUUACGAUGAGGCUGUUCAUAAGUGUCAAGAGCAGAAUGCUGUACUGGCCUCUACAGGACAUCUCUAUGCAGCCUGGAAAAUGGGUUUUGACAAGUGUCGUGCAGGCUGGCUACUAGAUCGGAGUGUGCGUUACCCCAUCAACAACCCACGUGCUGAGUGUGGAGCAGGAAAACUGGGAGUACACACUGUGUACAGUCACCCCAACCAGACUGACUAUCCUGAACUUGACGCAAGAUUUGAUGCUUACUGUUUCAGAGCUGACAUUCAACUUAUUGCAAAUGAAACUGGACUGAACAUCACAGAUAUUGAGGAGGCUCUACUGAACCUGACAUCAGUCACUGAUUUGUUAAGACCUGCUGUUCCUUCCAUCUCUCCUCCCAUUGACGUGGAGACUUCAGGUUCUGGUUCAGGCUCAGCAGGUGUUGGAUCUGGGUCUGUAGUUGAUAAUACCUCAGGAUUGUCUGGGUCUGGAGAACAACCUGGUUCUGGAGAGCCAUCUAUAUCUGGAGACCACAUUGUCUCUGGAGAUUCAUCUGGUUCUGGAGACUUGUCUGGUUCUGGAGAUCAGGUUACCUCUGGAGAAGGCUCUGCUUCUGGAGACCUCCCUUUCACUAGGGACUUGUCUGGCUCUGGAGAUCUGGCUGGUAGUGCAAUUACUGACCUACCCAGUGGAGAAUCAAGUCCUAGCAGUGCAGAUGUUUCUGGAUCAGGUCUUAGUGGAGAAGGAUCUACAAUCAAUGUUCUUUUUUCAGGCAUGGACCGUACUCUCUCAGGAGAUGGCUCAGCUUCAGGAGGACUUCAAGAAGCUGGAGAGGGAAGCACAGAGAUCCUUACCUUCCCUUCAUCUGAUGGUGGCUCUGAAGUGCUGAGUGGUAGCGGGGAUGUGUCCUGUUCUGGAUCUGGUUUCAGCUCUACAGAAAGUGGUUCCUCCAUAGACAGCUCUGGGGAAAGUGGAUUCUUCUCUUCCACGUCAUCUGGUUUCAUCACCAGCCAAGAUUUUUCCGGGUUUAAUGGUUUCCCAUCUAAAUUCUCCUCUGGAAGUGGUAGUGGACAGUCAGGAGAGCUUUCAGGGAGUGGAGAUGCUCAGAUCUUAUUGAUAGAUGAUAGACUGAUUGAUGCAACCACCUCUAGUAAAUACAGUGAGCUUGGUGGAGGCCUCUUCAGUGGUUCUGGAGACAUUUCAGGAUCAGGCAUUCUCAGCGGUGACCUUAGUGGAGAUCUCAGUGGUGAUAUCAGUGCCUCAGGCUCUGGAGGGGUUUUUGAGUUUUUCUCUGGUGUGACUUUGGUAGGUUCAGGGUUUACUGAACUGACAGGGUCGUCCUCUGGAGUGGAGGAGGCAUCUGGGGUUUUACUCUACAGUUCUGGAGAUGGAAGUGGUGGAUACUUUUCCGGAUUUGGAAGGUCAAAUUUUCAUUCUGGAUCUGGAUCGGGACUUUCUGGAUACGAGUCCUCUACAAGUGGAGAAGAAGGCACUGUUACAUUACUGUCUGAGGAUCUAACGUCAAAGGUAUCUGAAAACACAUCACCAGAGGUCUCUGGCACGCUGUUUAUGGAGCUUGGUCAUGGGUCAGUGGAGUACAGUGGAGAAGGAAGCAGUAGUGGCCGUGGCUUUUACUCUGGCAGUGGACACACUGACUCAUCUGCUGCCAGUGUCAUUUUUUCAGGAGCUUCUUCUAGAGAUCUGCCAGUGGCCUAUCCCACCAGUGAACAGGCACUGACAGGGAGCACCAGAGGACCACAGGAGGCCGCUAAUAACACAGAACUGUCAGACACCCCUGGUGAUGUCUUUGCAACUCUGACCCCUGUGGUUGUCCCGGCAGGACUGGCAGCACCUCUCACUGCAGUUACACCACCCUCCAUACUGACAGCAGGCCCUGUUGAAGGACAUUUUGACCCAUGUGAACCAAAUCCCUGUGGUGAUGCCGCGUGCACAGCAGAAAAUGGCGUUGCUUUCUGUGAUGAGGUAGAUGUGUGCCAUUCCGACCCUUGUGCCAAUGGAGCCACCUGUGUGGAGACUGUAGACUCUUUCAAAUGCUUAUGCCUGCCCAGCUACGGAGGGGAGCGCUGUGAGAUCGAGGAGCAGCCGUGUGAGGACGGCUGGGCUAAAUUUCAGGGGAACUGCUACCGACAUUUCACUGACAGAGAGGUGUGGGUGAAUGCUGAGCAGCGCUGCCGAGACCUCAGCGCCCACUUGGUCAGCAUCAUCUCACCGGAAGAGCAACACUUUGUCAACUCAAAUGCACAAGUCUACCAGUGGAUCGGGCUGAAUGACAAGACAGUGGAGAACGACUUCCAGUGGACAGAUGGCACUCCACUGCAAUAUGAGAACUGGAGGCCAAACCAGCCAGAUAACUACGUCAGCUCUGAAGAACACUGUGUGGUGAUGAUCUGGCAUUCCAACGGCCAAUGGAAUGACGUCCCCUGCAGCUAUCGUCUACCUUUCACCUGCAAGAAAGGCUCAAUGUCCUGUGGUGCCCCACCGGAGGUGGCCAACGCUCGCAUGUUUGGCAAACGGAGGGCGGUGUACCCUGUCAGCUCCAUCACCCGUUAUCAGUGCAACCCGGGAUUUAGACAGCGGCAUCCACCGCUGGUGCGCUGUCAACCAGACGGACAGUGGGAGGAGCCCCAAGUGAAGUGCAUUGAUGUGAGAACUCAAAAACGAGCACAGAAAAGGAACCGCGGGAAUCCAGCAACCAGAAGCAGGCAUCAUUAAGAAAUAAUAAAAAAAAAGAAGAGCAAUUUGUUACUUUAGAAGAAUAUUAAUGGCACAAAAAAAAAACAGUUUUCUAUAUUAGUCAAUAAGAUUUGAAGAGUUAAUAUUGUGGCAUGCCCACAGGGAAGUGGCUACACCAUGGUAAUGUGAUUUUUUUUUUUUUUUGUCUUGUUUCCUGUCCUAAUAUAUUUUUAAUAUAUAUAUGUGUUAUUACUUUAUUGUUCUAUUUGUUAAUUGUCAUCGUAUGUCUUGUAAUAUAUUUUUGUUUAGGGAAAUUAUUGCUGGGAUUCUUCGUUUACAUUCCUAGAUGGUACCGUCAGUGUGGUUCACUGUAGUCUGCUGUAGAUCUUAUCAUGGGGAUGGAUGCUGGUGGAUAUGAUUCAUGAAGCCAGGUUCCAAAAAAAAGUUAAAGUAGAGGGGAGAUGCUUCUCCUGCAGGUUGAAAUAUUUGUGGGUUAUUUUCCUUUUUCAAAUCCAUAUCAGUCAUCCAUCUUCUCUACUCACUCAGUCAGAAUAAGCACUUUGUUUCCAUUCGUUCCCGUUCCACAGUGUUAGAGCCAUUCGUCCAACAGAGGCAAAGCAGUGUAACUGUUGUGCUUAAAAAGUGUCAGCAUGUAGAGGGAUCAGUUUUAACAAACCACCCGUGUGAAAACAUAUCCGCUGAGUCAUUCGAACAUUUCCGGGCAGAAAUGAUCCACCUACAAAGGCAGAUGUGACAGUAAUUGAGGGUACCGUAUUAUCACACCUGCUCCAUCUAUGCAUCCAUUUCUUUUAACUGCUGGUCCAGUUCAGGGUGCUCACACCUGUUAAAUGGUUAAAUAUAGACUGCAAGGAACUGGAGAACAUGCUUUUCUGAGUGGAACUUAAGACCCUGAUUUGGAUAAGCUUAGUUUACCAAAGUUUGAUUGUGUAAUAAACUGAACAUAUGGUCUUGGUAAUGUGUUAUGAAUGGAACAAUGUUACAUCAUUUGAUGGAAAUAAAAAAUAUCAGCCUAAGGAGGGCUGAGUUCAAAGUGUAAAAAUGAUGCAGCAGGCUAGUUACUAUGUUCGAGGGGAGAUCCUCAUACAAACUUAAAGGUUAAUAAGCAGGUUCUUCAGGCCACAGUGAAUUUCAGGAACUAAAUAUUUUACUCAGUUUAACUGUGGAAUUUCUUGCUGCGGUGUUGUUGGAGCUGAUAGUAAUCCAUGUUAUGGCAAGAACUACUCAAAGAUUAAAAUUGCCCUUCGCUUACUGCAUAAAGAAUAGAAAGAAAACAGUAAAAACAUGUACUAUAUGUACUAUAGACAUUUUAUAUGCAAUUUCAAUAUUAUUGGAUGACUACUGUGGCCUUACUGGACAUGAAAGAUGGCCUAAAUUUGCUGGAUGAGAAAGAAGUAGGUAGUAUUUAAAAGAAACUGUCCAAAAAGCCAACUACCAACUGUAAAAUAUACUUUCUUCAGUGAGCCAGUAACUAUUAUAUAAGACCACAGGAGCACUAGCAGCACACAGAAGCUUGAUUUGUAAAGAAUGCCCUCAGUUUAUCAUGUUGGCUGGUUUUAGUGUUCUGUUUUUUUCUCUGUUAAGUCACUCAUCAUCUUCCAGAAGACCGUGCAGUGCAUCGUCUCUGUGGAACAAGUACGAUGAACCUUUUGCCUGUUUUAUGCUUGUAACCUCAGAAGAAAUAUAUGGAGCCCGUGAAGUACCCUGAGGUGAUGUUUCUGUGUGAACACAUUAUUUAUCUGUGUGAAUGAGUUAUUCAUGUAUGCAAAUUAGUUAUUUAUCUGUGCAAGAGUGCUACUUAUCUGGGCCUUGGCCUGUUUUUAAAGGUAAAAGCUUGUUGAAUAUAAAUAACCUGUUGGCAAAAAUGAGCAACUUGCUAACAUAAAUCAUAUAACCUGUAUGACCUGCUCACACCGGUGAACAACUUUUUUUCGCACUGACAAAUAACUCCUUCACACAUGUGAAUAACUUUCAUAAACAGACGACAAACUCGUUUGUAGAAGUAAAUAUUUCUUUUGUCCAGAUGAAUAACUCAUUUGCACAGAUGACUUGCUCACAAAUAUAAACAUGGCUGCACAGAAUAAAAUAAUAUUAUAAAUACUUAAAAUAAUAAUAAAUACUCACCUUAUGGGACUACAGGGGCUCCGCAGGAAUAUCCUUGCUGUAGCCAUUACAGUUUUCUUUAUUUCCAGCUUUGACUGCAUUCAUUUGUGCGCUUGUUUUGUGUCACUGAUGCUGUUUAUGGGGGCUGUGCCUCUUUCAAACAUAUUAUCACCUGCUGCAUAACAAAGAGGAGAAUUCACUUUCAAAGCUGUACAUAUUUCUGAUGUAGACAUGUUUUAUUCAGUCAGCAAAAAAAAGGAU